AUGACUUCAUCAUCGUCAAAGCACCAUCCUGCCCAGUCCACGUUCACUCCGUCCCUAAAGACCACACUGAAGAAGAAACAGGAGAGGUGUAAUGGGAGUAAUGGGAAUCGAAAUGAGGUCCCAGAGAAAGGAGAGCGGCUGAAGGUGGUCAGACCUCCUCUGGCCCUCGACAGAACGUAUUGCAUUGCACUGAAAGAUGACUGUUCAUUUGCUCUCUUGGAGGUCGGCGAGCUUCGCAGCGCCAUGAAUCUCUACUUAUUCGCAGCCAGCACCUCCGAGCGCUGCUCCACCUGGGUCUCCACCAUCCACCAGGCCAAGGAAAGUCUGAGGAGUCUGAGACAGACAGAGAGCAACAGACAACUGGAAAACUGGAAAUUGCAGCUGCUGGAGAACAAACCUGCCGCAGAAACAAAGACGGAUGAUCUGGAGACAGAAGAGCAACUUCUUACCAAAUCAAGACGAGAGACUUUCGUGGAUGAAAUUACAGAGGAACUUAUUAUCUCCCGUGAAAUAAAUGGGAUGUUGGCGUCUAAAGAAUCAGAAGAACAACCUCCAGAAGAUGAGGCCACUGAUCCUGAUGUGUCUUUUUUGCCCAACAACCAUAAAAGACCAUUUGUGAAAAAGGGUUCUGCUGUUUGGCAACAAGCAGUCAGAGAGUAUGAGUGGAUAGAAAUGGAAGUGAGAAGAGAAGAAGUCCGGAUGCACGCAGAGCAGGAACAAAGAAAGAUGCACUCUCUGAUGACAACGAGACAACAGCUGAUCUGGAACCAAAAGACGCAGUCUGCUCCCAAUCUGGAUCGUUUCAGUCGCAGUGCUGCAGCUGAUCCAAACAACACAACUGGACCACAUGACGUCUUAUAUCCAGAUGUUGACUACCCAAUGGAUGAAGAAAGUGCUUCACAACUUCCUCAUCAACCAACAAUAUCCUGGGAGGGGCCUGAGGUUCCAAGACUACCGGGAGAAGGAGGAAUAUCCACAAAGAGAGACUCAGAUUCUCAGUCUGUGCACCAGGACUCCAGGAGAAAUUCCUCCAGCCAGUCUGGAGACACGGACACAUCUCCAGAGGCUUGGGGUUGCUCCAAAAGUUUGAAAUCCCCCGGGUUACACAGGAGGAGGCCAACCAGUACCCAUCACGGCCCCUUCACUCAGACGCCCGGGCAGUCCUUCCAGGGCGUAGAACGGACACACAGCGACUCUUUCUCCGACUCAAACACCAACCGGAAGAGAAACUCUCUUCCUUCUGCCGCAGAUUCACACCGGGUGCUGAAGCUGGGCUCCCUGAAGCCACACCAAGGCAUGUUUUGUAACGUGCAUGAUAGAGUCUCUCCAGAUCCCCAAACACUGUCUGAAUCUGAGCUUCCUGAUCACAACUUCUACAACAGAGUGAAAACCCAAAGGAGCGCCUCCAUUCCUAACAUGAUCAUUGAAAUAGGACAUGGACUCCCCGUGCACUCCAGCAGUAUGAGCACGUUGCCCCGGACUGAGGAUGCACCUUCCUCCAUCUCAAGACCCAAUCCAAACGGACACUACUCGCCUCUGGAGGGUCUUUUGGAACGAGCCAAAGUGAGAGAUGGAUUUAAAAAAGGCAGACAUGUGAAAAAGGCAAAUUUGAGGUCAAGGCAUCCUCCUCCUUCCCCGUCGUUUUCCACCACACCAUCCCCGUCGCCGUCCGCCCAGUGAUGGAGACCGAGACACCGAGUGGGGAGGAGGAGGUGGAGCUGAUGAGACACAGAGCUCUCACCGUGAGUGAAGGGUGGAAGGAGCAGCUGGUGGACGGAGACGAAGAUGACAAGA